ACGGGAUAAUAGUUAUCGACGAAGUAAACACAUCAUCUUCACGACUCUAAUAGCCCCACGCAGCCCACCCACACACCACCACAUUUGCAUCAACUUAAGACUUGGACCUCUUUCAAUUCCAACUAUAACCACAAAUUAUUUUUUCUUGCUAUUAUGUGAUCUCGCACAUCAUCAUCAACAUUGAUGUUUGUCAUACCACAACACCACAUUUUUCAAUGGCUAUUCUACCUCAACGUCACUCAUCUCUCAACCAUGCCCGAAUUCUCAACCGCAUUGCACCUCCGAGCCGCGUUCACAGCUCCGCCACCGCGCCGCCUAGACCCCGUCGCCCCGUCUCAGACCCGUUAACCCUGAGCCCCCGCCCGCCGGUGCUCAACGACCCAAGUUUGCGAUCAAAUUGGUCCCACCGUGCGUGGCUAGCAAGCGGCUGCACCACCGUCCUCAUUUCUCUAGCCAGGUCCGUCGGCGGCGCAGCCGAGUCGCACAUGUGGCUGGAACCGAUGGUUGCCGGAUUAAUCGGGUACGUGGUGGCCGAUCUCGGGUCCGGCGCCUACCACUGGGGCAUCGACAACUACGGCGGCGCGGAGACACCCGUGUUCGGGGCUCAAAUCGAAGGGUUUCAGGGGCACCACAAGUGGCCGUGGAUCAUCACGCGCCGCCAGUUUGCGAACAACCUGCAUGCUCUGGCGCGUGCGGUGACGUUCACGGUGGUACCCAUAAACCUGGUGUGCGACGACCCAACUGUUCUGGCGUUCGUGGCGCUGUGCUCCGGUUGCAUCAUGUUCAGCCAGCAGUUCCACGCGUGGGCGCACACCACCAAGAGCAAGCUGCCGCCGCUGGUGGUGGCGCUGCAGGACGCCGGGGUGCUGGUGUCGCCGUUGCAGCACGCGGCGCACCACCGCCCGCCCUACAACAACAACUACUGCAUUGUGAGCGGGGUUUGGAAUGAGUUGUUGGAUGGUUCGCACUUGUUUGAGGCCAUGGAAAUGCUGAUUUUCUUCAAGUUUGGUGUGAGGCCCAGGUCUUGGUCCGAGCCCAAUUCUGCUUGGACUCAGGAACCUGAAACCACAUCUUUCUUAUCCUAAUAACAAUAUAUAUUCAUUAUUCGUUAUUCCCCUUUUAUUUGGGAAAGGAAUUAAUAUAUAUUCAUUUGUUAUGCAUAUUAACUAAUUAGUAAAUUGAAAUAAAAGUAGUGGUCUUGAUGAUA